AUGCUAAGUAAUCUUUUGAAUAAAUUUGAAGACAGGAAUUAUCCUUUAUUAGGGCCAAAUAUAAAAUUCCUUAAGUUCUGGGGCCUCAUUCUGCCUGACGACAGAUAUAAAAAAUAUUUUUAUUUAUUCAUGCACAUAUCUGUUAUUGUUUUUACUGCCACUGAGUAUAUCGAAAUCUGGUUCCUUAAAAACGACAUGAAUAUGGUUUUGACAAAUCUGAAAAUCACUUUACUAGCAACGGUUAGUGUCAGCAAGAUAACAAGCUUUUUGAUUAGACAGAAAGAUUGGAAAGGUAUAUUGAAUUACGUAAAUGACACAGACAGGGCACGAAGGUCGGACGAAGAAAGUGGUAAAAAAGAAAUCAUUACUAAAUAUACCAGAUACAGUCGGAUGAUCACUUUUUAUUAUCUGUUGUUAAUGUAUAUAACAGUUAUAAUUGUUAUUUGUCAACCAAUAUAUAAAUACUAUACUUCGGAAGUAUACAGACAUAAUGUGAGAAAUGGAACAGAAAAAUAUGACCAGGUCGUGAGCUCUUGGGUUCCUUUUGAUAAAAAUACUGUACUUGGAUAUAUUUUUGCUUGCCUCAUUCAGAGUUACGCUGCCAUAUACGGUGGAGGUUGGAUAACUUCAUUUGAUACAAACGCCAUUGUCACUAUGGUGUUCGUAAAAAGUGAGAUAGAAAUGCAAAUUAUUGAUGGCAGACUAAUAUUUGGUACCGAAAAAGAACCUGCUAGUGUUAAAGAAGCAAAAAGAAGACUAAUGAGAUGUUACGAUCGGUACUCAAAAUUGAUAAGGUGA